GCGAGGCUGGCCGGCGCCGAGGCAGGGGGCCCGGCAGGCCCGGCCCAGAGGCUUGCGGCCCCGAUUCCCAGGGGGAAGGCAAAGCCGGCGGACCCCACCUCCAGGAAGUGACGCCACGGGGCGAGCGGCGCCGGAGCCCGGGGCCCGCCGGAGCGGGGGGCGCGCAGCAUGGCGGAAGCGGAAGGGAGUUCGCCGCUCCUGUUGCCGCCGCCGCCGCCCCCACCCGGGAUGGCGGAAGUGGAGGCACCGACGGCGGCCGAGACGGACAAGAAGCAAUUCAGCGGCUCGGGCAGCAGCGCCAUGGACGUGGACCGGAGCCGCUUUCCCUACUGCGUGGUGUGGACGCCCAUCCCGGUGCUCACGUGGUUUUUCCCCAUCAUCGGCCACAUGGGCAUCUGCACAUCCACAGGAGUCAUUCGGGAUUUUGCUGGCCCCUACUUUGUCUCGGAAGACAACAUGGCCUUUGGGAAGCCCGCCAAGUACUGGAAGUUGGACCCUGCUCAGGUGUACGCUAGCGGGCCCAAUGCAUGGGACACAGCUGUGCACGAUGCCUCUGAGGAGUACAAGCACCGCAUGCACAGUCUCUGCUGUGACAACUGUCACUCACAUGUCGCAUUGGCCUUGAACUUGAUGCGCUAUAACAACAGCACCAACUGGAACAUGGUAACGCUCUGCUUCUUCUGCCUGCUGUAUGGGAAGUAUGUCAGUGUCGGGGCUUUCGUGAAGACCUGGCUGCCCUUCGUCCUCCUCCUGGGCAUCAUCCUAACUGUCAGUCUCGUCUUCAACCUUCGGUGAUGGCUGCGUCAUGGCCCUGAGCCCACCAGAUUCCUGAGCAGGCAGUUGCCACCCCUUUUGGUUCCAGAUUCUUCUUUCUUCUUGCCCCAAAAGGCAGGGAUGGGUUUGCUGGUUAGACCCAGGGGUCUGGGCUAGACGGGAUUGAAUAGGGACUGAAGACAAGGGGGGGUGGGGGUGUUUGCUUGUCGUGUCUCACUGGUCACUAAGAAGCUCCCUGUCCCCUCCUCUCCAGGCUUGUGAGCCCUGCCCUUGAGGCACCCUCUUUGUUCAUCUGUUGGAAAGGCCUUAGCUUCCCUCUGUAGAGCUGCUCCUGCCACUGCCUGCUGGGCUUCCUCUGCCUCAGCCCAGUGCCUGAUGGGGAAAGGGAACACAUUUGGACCACCGGACAAGGCACCACAGGGGGCCAGAGCUGGAAUUGGAGAACAUCCGCCUGCCAGGUCUCUGGUCCCAGGGCAGGUGGAGUAUACUAAGAAGUCUCCACAAGCUAAUCUGCCCUAGGACUUUCACCACUAGACUCUAGAAUGAUCUAGUAGGGCUGGAUGGGCCCCCAAUCAGAUGUCUGCCAGAAGCUGCACUAGGGGCAGUGUGCCCCAUCUCCUGGCACCCUCCAGCCCAUGUAGCCCCUGCUUCCCACCCUGGGUUUCCCAGCACUUGAGCCCAUCUUCCCCUGCAGUUGGGGGCCUGGGCUCCCCCAGCCAGCCUGGAGAGAUGAGUGAUGGCUGACAAGUCCAGGGUGACCACCCAUAGACCAGAGCAGUGGAAACAAAGCUUGGGUCCCACCCCAGCUACAGGCCUUGCCUGGGGGCACUGGUGAUGGUGCCCCAUGGGUCCAGGAUGUGGUGGGGGGCAUCAGAGCAGCCAGUGCCCAGGUAGCUGGAGGGGAGCUGUUUCCUUCCACCUGCCACUGGCGCCCCCUAUCUUCAAGUUGUGGAAAGGGCAUGUGCUGCCCCUCACUUUUGCUCUGUGGAUUCCUUGCAGGGCUCCCUGGGCAGGGCAAUAAAGAGUUUGACUCCA